ACUAACUGGCAGAAACAGCUCCAGCCAGACUCGGUUUCAACCAACGCCAAUCAGUCUGUGAGAUUGCUCCGAGCGUUCAUGACUUGUGUGGCGGAAAACAAAUAGAAAUCUCCCCAAAGAGCGUUAAGUAAAAAAGUUAAAAAGACAAUAAAUCUAAAACAAAACUUCGACGGUCGAAUCCCGUUUUCGUUUGUGAAAGAAAACCAUUUUGAAAAAGAAAAGUGAAAAUCGUUGACAUUCAAAGCAGAACUCAACUCCGGACUCCCGAUGAAGCAUUUGCUGCACGAACAAAAAUAACAUUUUGGCAAUUAUAGGCCAAAGACAAAGAGCGCUGCAGCGAGAACGAGCGAGAGAGAAGAAGAGAAGCAAAGGAACAAUUGCGACUGAGGUCUGCUGAGGCACACGAAAAUAAAUUCAAAGCAACAAUGAAUCAAACACAAGUGAAUAAUUUUCUGAAAUGCUUCCUGCAAAUUGAUGAGCCCGCCCGUCACUUAGCGGCUCAUCACAGUGAACAUGAGCACGCUCACGAUCAUGACCACGAUCACGAUCACGAUCACGAUCAUGAUCACGAUCACGAUCACGAUCAUGACGACUCCGGCUCACUGCUAACGGCCAAAGUAACUGCCAUGGUGGUGCUCUGCUGCGCCAGUGCCCUCUGCGGCUCCAUACCGUUCCUGUUGAAUCGCUACUAUCGCUGGACCGAGAACCAAACAAACGCCCGUUCGGCUACCGUGGUCAAGUGCCUGCUCUACUUUGGUGGCGGCGUUCUGCUGGCCACCACAUUUCUCCACCUGCUGCCCGAGGUGCAGGAGGUGGUUGAGCAGCUGCAGACGUGCGAAAUCAUUGGCGAACUGACAUUCCCGCUGGCCGAGCUGCUCAUGUGCUGCGGCUUCUUUCUCAUGUACUUCGUUGAGGAGGCCAUGCACUCGUAUGUGCACAGGCAUCACCACGACGAUGCUGGCGCCGCCUUCGAGCGCGGACACAGCAUUCGCCACAGCCAUCUGGUGAAGUCGGAGUCUUCCACGGCCCCGAACGGCGACAGCGCGGAGCUCACGACAGCCGGCAACAAUGCGACGCUAUCUGUGCAGGAUCUGAUGCAAAACGAUCUGGAACAGCAGAAAUAUGGCGCAGUUCAUCAUGAGAAGCACAGUCACGCGCACAGCCAUGGCCAUAGCCACGGGCAUGGUCACGGACACAGCCAUUUGGCCAUCGGCGAUGGCUCAAUGGCGUCGAAUGACAUGCUAACCUCCUCGCUGCGAGGACUCUUCAUUGUGCUGGCUCUGUCGCUGCAUGAGCUCUUCGAGGGCAUGGCCAUUGGUCUGGAGGGCACCGCCAGCUCGGUGUGGUUCAUGUUCGGCGCCGUCUCGGCGCACAAGCUGGUGCUGGCAUUUUGCGUGGGCGUCGAGCUGAUUGUGGCGCGCACCCGACUUAGUCUGGCUGUGCUCUACGUGCUGACAUUUGCGGUUGUCAGUCCGCUGGGCAUCGGGCUGGGCAUACUGAUUAGCCACGGACAGCAUGGCGGCGGCCCCAACCUGGUGUCGGCCAUACUGCAAGGCUUCGCCUGCGGCACGCUCAUCUAUGUGGUCUUCUUCGAGAUACUAUCGAAGAAUCGAUCCGGCCUGCGAGCUUAUCUGGCGCUCUUUGUUGGCUUUCUGAUUAUGUUCGGAUUGCAACAGCUCGGUGCCAGUGGCGGCCAUGGUCAUAGCCACGGAAAUAGCUGUUCCGCCUCUGGAGAGGACCAUCACGAUCACCAUGGUGAAGCCGACUCCAACACAGAGGCUCAUCCACACCACACCGAGGCUGAGCAGCUGGCGGCUGCGCACAAGUACAAAGAGCAGUUGCAGGUGCUGCGCCAGGUGACCCAAAAGCUGCUCGAGGCCAAUCAUCACUAG